CGUUUUGAGGAGAAAGUGAGUGAGAGAGAGAGAGAGCGCUAGUGGGUGCCGCUGUUCAUGAGAGUAUCUCUGAAGAGGCUGAAACAGAGGAGGCUAAGACCAGUGAAAAGAGAGUUUGCUGCUGCUGCUGCUGCUGUUGUUGAAUCAUCAGUAUGUGUAAUCCAAACACCACUUCCAACAUCGCCACCAGAGGUGUGAGCGAGAAACCGUAUUCCGAUUUUUUAUCAUUACCCAACUGUAUAAAGGACUUCCAGAAUUCCAAAACCAACCCGGAAAAGCAGUCGCAAUUCGUUUGCCCAUCCCUCUCCGAGAUCAUCACUGAAGCCAAAUCACUCUUUCGCCUCUCCUUCCCCAUAGCUCUAACGGCUCUCAUUCUCUACUCUCGCUCUAUCUUCUCCAUGCUCUUCCUCGGCCAUCUUGGCGACAUCCAACUUGCCGCCGGUUCUCUUGCCAUAGCCUUUGCUAACAUCACCGGAUACUCGGUGCUUUCCGGCCUGGCACUGGGGAUGGAGCCCUUGUGCUCACAAGCCUUUGGAGCUCAACGUCCAAAGCUACUCUCUUUGACCCUUCAUCGCUCUGUGAUUUUUCUUCUCUUCUCAUCAGUACCCAUCUCACUCCUCUGGCUCAACAUGUCCAAAAUUCUUCUUUAUUUGCAUCAGGACCCCGAUAUCACACGUAUCGCUCACACGUACCUUGUCUUCUCUCUCCCUGACCUCUUCACCAACUCCUUUAUCCACCCAAUCCGCAUUUACCUUCGCGCACAGGGCAUCACCCACCCUCUCACAAUAGCAUCACUUCUUGGUACCAUCCUCCACUUACCCAUCAACCUCAUCCUCGUCUCCCACCUUCGACUCGGCGUAGCCGGCGUCGCCGCCGCCUCCUCUGCCUCCAACUUCUUCGUACUGAUCUUCCUCGUGUCCUACGUGUGGGCCCGCGGGAUACACGAGCCAACGUGGACCACGCCGAGCAUAGACUGCUUGACCGGGUGGAAGCCGCUGCUCCGGCUGGCGGCCCCCAGCUGCGUGUCGGUGUGUUUGGAGUGGUGGUGGUACGAGAUCAUGAUCGUACUGUGUGGGCUUCUAGUGAACCCCAAGGCAACGGUUGCAUCAAUGGGUGUUCUGAUACAAACGACGUCGUUGAUUUACGUGUUCCCAUCGUCACUCGGGUUCGCCGUGUCGAGUCGCGUGGGGAACGAACUCGGUGCGAAUCGUCCAGACAAGGCAAGGGUAUCAGCAAUGGUAUCCGUGUUUUUCGCGGGUGUGAUGGGGUUUUCAGCAACCAUGUUUGCAUCAGGGAUGAGAGAUAGGUGGGGCCGGAUGUUCACGUCUGACGUCGAGAUCCUACGGUUGACAUCAGCGGCCCUGCCAAUCCUAGGGCUCUGCGAGCUCGGAAACUGUCCACAGACGGUAGGAUGUGGGGUCCUCAGAGGAAGCGCACGGCCCAGCACGGCGGCCAACGUCAACCUCGGCGCAUUUUAUCUGGUGGGCAUGCCGGUGGCAGUUGGGCUUGGGUUUUGGCUGGGUGUUGGGUUUUGUGGACUUUGGGUGGGCUUGCUUGCGGCCCAGGUCUGCUGCGCUGGGAUGAUGUUGUAUGUGGUUGGGACCACUGAUUGGAACUACCAAGCCAUGAGGGCGAAGACGCUAACCUGCGCAGGGUGCGGAGACACAGUAUCACCACUCCCAACUGCUGAUACCAAGGAUGAAGAACAGCCCUUGAUCUGCAUAGUGGUCACUUCAUCAUCUUGAGAGUUGAGACCACCAAAACAUAGGCACCCAGGUGUAAUUUUAUUUUAUUUUUUCUUUUUUUCUUUUUUCUUUUUUGGUUUCAUUUUAAUUUUAAAAUCUGAACUUGUGAUUGUGAAUUAUUGAUUUUUUGGUUGGGAGAGAUGGGGUCUUCCUGAAAGUAUGAUAAAGGAGAAUUUUUGUUGUUAUUUUCCCAAAAAAUUCCAUUAAUUAUUGUGGACUAUUUUGUUAAGCUUUCACUGUCAGGGGUUGGCAGUUUGCGUUAAAGUUAAAAAGGAUGGUUCAAGGAAGAGGAGAGAAAACGAAAGAGAGAGACUGGAACAGUGAUGCCACAAAGCAAUUGGCCGUUUUGGGGAGUGUCUCAUAAAUCCAGACAUGUCUCUUCCUUUUUGUUCUGAGCUUUUGAUGUGUAGACAAAAGGGCAGAGGGGAAGGCAUUCAAGUGUGAGGAAGACACGUGGUGAUUGAAGUCAUCAUCAUCCAGCUCUAUACUAUCUGAACACCAUGGGCUGUGUUGAUAGGGUAGGGUAGAAAUAUUUGGCCAAUCACCUCCUCCAUUCCCAUGGUCUUCUCCUUUUCUUUUCAUACUUUUUCAGUGGGGGGCUUUGGCUCUACUCUCCACUGUGGUCCGCGUCUAUAAUUCGCCCUUUCCCAACCCAACCGGCCAACCCCCCAUAUAAUCCUCAAUAAUAUCUCCCUGCUAAGGAUUGUGACCUUUCUUCUGUUCCUCACCAGGAGAAUUGAAUAGUAAACCAUGAAUGACAGUCAA